UUAUCUAUAGUACUAAUACUAGUACAGUUCGGUGCCGUCGAGUUAAAAUAGUACUUUUUAAUUGACAAAUUUUGAGGUUAGUUUAAAAAAAUUAUGGAUGCAGACUCUUUAACCAAACUUAAUAACUCUAUUGCUCAAUAUUUACUGUCAGAAAAUGAUUCUUCAGACAUGGAUGGAUGGACAGUGUCAGAAAAUACAGUAGCUGGCCGGGGUCUAAUAGCCACAAAAAAUUACAACCCGGGUGAAGUGAUAUUCAUGGAUGUACCUUUGAUCAAAUCUCCAAGAGUAUUACUGAAUAAUGAAGCAAAUAAAAAUCUAAUAUGCGCAGUAUGUUUUCAGAAUGGUCCACUUCAAGCUUGUUCCGGAGGAUGUCGUUGGCCAGUGUGUAACACUAAAUGUGCUAAAUCUAAGUUACACACUGUGGAGUGCGCAUAUAUUCGUUGCCUUCGUCCAAAUUCGAGUUCUUCGGAGUGGUCAAUAGGGUUAUAUAAUGCCGUGGCUGCUGUACGAGGGCUGACGAUGUUUAAAGAAGGCUCUUAUAAUUAUUUUUAUAAUACACUACAAAAAAAUACAACUGUAAAACCUGUUUUUGAGGUUGAAGAACUCAAAAAAAAUGUCAAAUCAAAACUUAACCAAAAAGACGAAGUUAUCAUGCAAACAGUUUGUAAAAUAAUGGAUGCUAACGCUUUUGAAGUUGUUAUUAAUCAAGUAACCAGUUUGAGAGGUCUUUAUCCAGUUGCGUCUUUUAUGAACCAUUCAUGCGUACCUAACACUAUGCAUAAUUUUGAUAAUAAACUUAGAAUGGUGGUCAAAGCAUCAGUGCCUAUAAAAAAGAAUCAAGAGAUUACUACAUCUUAUACACAUUUAAUUUGGUCGACUCCCUUAAGACAGCAUCAUUUACUAGUUUCUAAACAAUUCCUCUGCACGUGUUUUAGAUGCCGAGAUCCAAAGGAAUUCGGUACUGAAUUAGCAGCGUUAAAUUGUACAAAGAUUAAUUGUCACGGUCGCAUUCUUUCUGUUAAUCCAUUGGACAAAGCAGCCGUUUGGCAGUGUAAAGUGUGCUCAAAAUUGGUAUCGGAUACUGAAGUUGCUAUUUUGCAUAAAACAGUUGGGUCAUUACUAACAAAAAUGUACACGUUUCAUCCUAAAACUAUAGAUGCUUUCAUAGAAAAAAACAACAUAAAUAAAAACAGCCCAUUUGCAGUCGAUUUAAAACUUCAGUUCGUUUGGAAAACUAAUAAUUCAAAAAUGACACUUGAACAGUUGAUUUACAAAGAAAAUUCGUGUAUCGAUAUUUUGAAUCUUAUACAGAAACUUAAUCUAGGAAAAUGUCGUUUAAUGGGUUUAGUUAACAAAGAGUUAUUCGAAGUGAUGAACGAAAAACGAAAACGUUAUUCAUGGGACCCACAAACAUUACAAGUAUUUGAAAAAAAGAUGAAUAUUUUGAAGGAAGAAUUUACAACCAUUUUAAAUGAAUCAAUUAGAUCUAUAAAAAACGAAGAAUAACCUUCAUUGAACUUAAAUUUAUUUCAAUUUUGAUGUUAACAUUUUGUAAUGAAAAAAACACGAUUAACUUUGACUAUUUAAGACCAUAUCUAUAGUUAAUUCUUAUAAAUAAGCUGUACUUAAGUUAUUCAGACAAUAUAUCUAAAAAUAGAUUAAAUAAAACUAAUUCAUUAAAAAUUACUAUAAAUACGAUUCUUAGACACGCAUUAAUAAUUCAUGAGACGUAUUAUUUUAAAUCCUGUUUUA